AUGAUUAUUUCUAAUUCCAUAUCUUUUUUUGUCCGUAUGUGUCGAGAACGGAAAAUCGACGACGUUCAAGUUGAUAAUACAGCCACUGAACAAGUCAGUCAAAUACUUGAACAACUUCAUGAUGAAUUGUUUGAGUUGAUAGCAACAACGGCACAUUUACAAGAGGAAAUACAGAUCGAAGCGAGAUUAUCCAAAGAUAAAUGUCAUCAUCGACGGCAAAAACGACGUUAUUCAUUGCCGAUCAAAAACAAACGAUUGAAUUUCCGACAGUUAAAACAGAAAUUACAACGUCAACGACAAAGUUUCCUUCGGUUCGAACGACGUUUACGUGCCAAGUAUGAACAACCGUUCUAUGACAUCGUUUCCAAUUCCACGAAAAGUCAACAGCGACGCUGUCGCCGUAUUCGAUCUAUCCCGUCAGAAUCUAUUGAUUAA